GACAGAGUAGUCUAAGCAGCAAGGAACAGUGAAUUCUGAAAGAGCAAACACGACCUGCUUCAACGGCGGCAGAUGAUCAUCAAAUGGGUAUGUUUACCAUCAGACAACCUAAAGCUAAGCUCCCUUUCUCCAUUCUCUGUUUGCUUGGACUUUUCCUUGUGAUCAAUCCUAUCAACUGCAAACCGCCCAACAUCAUUUUUAUCUUGGCUGAUGAUUAUGGUUUCCAUGACAUCGGUUACCAUGGUUCCGAGAUCAAAACGCCCAACCUGAACAAGUUGGCAGCUGAGGGUGUGAAACUAGAGAAUUAUUACGUUCAGCCCAUCUGCACACCAACAAGAAGCCAGCUAAUGAGUGGAAAAUACCAGAUCCACACCGGGUUACAACACGGGAUUAUUGGAUUUGAACAACCCGACUGCUUACCCCUUAAUGACGUCACUUUGGCCCAGAAACUGAAGGAGUUAGGAUAUGCCACCCAUAUUGUGGGCAAAUGGCAUCUCGGGAUUUAUAAGAGAGCUUGCUGGCCGACUCGUCGCGGAUUCGAUAGUUACUUUGGCUACCUCCAAGGAAGUGAAGACUACUAUACCCACAGUAUAGACCAUGGAUUUGACUUCAGAGAAAAUGAAGAUGUUGCGUGGAACUACACUGGUCACUACUCAACUAUGCUGUUUACACAACGAGCGCAAGACAUCAUUCGACAGCAUAGUCAGACUCCAGACAAGCGGAAAUGCGAUUUCUCAUCAGGAAGCAAACACGAGAUCAACCGUACACCAGGGGCUGAGAAGUCUGAUGAUCGAUCCACGAAAAUGGGUAUGUUUACCAUCAGACAACCUAAAGCUAAGCUCCUUUUCUCCAUUCUCUGUUUGCUUGGACUUUUCCUUGUGAUCAUCGUCAACCCUGUCAACUGCAAACCGCCCAACAUCAUUUUCAUCUUGGCUGAUGAUUAUGGUUUCCGUGACAUCGGUUACCAUGGUUCGGAGAUCAAAACGCCCAACCUGGACAAGUUGGCUGCUGAGGGUGUGAAACUAGAGAAUUAUUACGUUCAGCCCAUUUGCACACCAACAAGAAGCCAGCUUAUGAGUGGAAAAUACCAGAUCCAUACUGGGUUGCAACAUGGGAUUAUUUGGCCUGAACAACCCGACUGCUUACCCCUUAAUGACGUCACUUUGGCCCAGAAACUGAAGGAGUUAGGAUAUGCCACCCAUAUUGUGGGCAAAUGGCAUCUUGGGAUUUAUAAGAGAGCUUGCUGGCCGACUCGUCGCGGAUUCGAUAGUUACUUUGGUUUUCUGCUUGGAAGCCAAGACUACUAUACCCACACUGCAUGGCAAGGAUAUGAUUUUAGGGAGAAUGAAAUAGUUGCAUGGAACUAUACUGGUCACUACUCGACCACGGUGUUUACACAACGAGCGCAAGACAUCAUUCGUCAGCACAGCCAAACUCCGAAUAAGCCAUUUUUUCUCUAUCUGCCGUUCCAAGCUGUUCACUCACCCUUGGAAGUACCAGAGCAGUACAUGAUUCCAUAUUCGCACAUCCAAGACAAAUUUAGGAGGAUUUAUGCUGGGAUGGUGGCGUGUAUGGAUGAAGGGAUUGGUAACAUCACCCAGACGAUGGACCAAUUAGGACUCUGGGAAGACACAGUGCUCAUCUUUUCAACAGAUAAUGGAGGACAAAUAGCUGCAGGUGGCAACAAUUGGCCCCUUCGUGGGUGGAAAGGAAGUUUGUGGGAAGGCGGGGUUGGGGGCCACGGGGGGAUAGGCAUCGAUCGAGGGGGUCGUGCCCUAACCCCCUUAGUUUCGCCACUGUUCCCAUAG